CACAUAAGUCUAUCUCUCUUAUAUUAACUUGUGCGAUCUAAACACCGCCGAAUACCGAUUGUGAACCGACAUAACCUCAAUCACAUAAGUGUUCAUAACAUUUUUGAGUGUUUCGUUCUUUUUUCGUAAUGAUUUUAUACGAAAUUUAACGCUGAGCUAGCGUAACAAUAAUCCUAUUAGAUUAAUCAUCACAAACAUGUUAGUUCGUGUGGUGAACGUUGAUUUUUAUAUGCAUCCCCCGAUUUCCAAUCUGGACCCCUUGUAUUCUGAAUUUCGGGGUUCCGCAAUACACCAGGUACCAAUUUUAAGAAUAUUUGGGUCCACCGAUGCUGGUGUAAAAACAUGUUUACACAUCCAUGGGGUAUUCCCAUAUAUUUAUAUACCUUAUGAUGGACAAGAAGGGGUUGAUAGCUUUAUAUAUCAAUUAGCUGCUAGUUUGGAUAAGGCAAUUAAUGUUUCAUUGGGACAAACAGCCUCUAAUAUACAACAUAUUUUUAAGAUUACACUUGUGUCAGGAAUUCCUUUUUAUGGUUAUCAUCCAAAACACCAUCAAUUCCUCAAACUUUACUUUUAUAACCCCUUAAUAUUAAAGAAAGCCUGUGCCUUACUUCAAAACGGAAGUAUUAUGGGAAGAAUAUUUCAACCUCACGAAGCACACAUCCCAUACAUACUUCAAUUUAUGAUUGACUACAAUUUGUAUGGAAUGAGCUUUAUAAAUGUUUCUGAAGUAAAAUAUCGAAGUAACAUCGACUUAAUUGAUAUACCUGAAGAAUUAAUAUUACCAUCAACAAUACAAAAAAUGAGUACCUGCAAAUUAGAGAUUGAUGGGUUAGCUGAGAACAUUUUAAACCGUUCAGAAGUAAAUUCACAAAGUUUAGGAUUAAACCCAGGUAUACAAGCCCUUUGGGAUGAUGAGAAACAACGUAGAAGGAAUGUUGGUGAUAAUUCUUUGGUUGAACAUUGUUUAACACAAAACAGAGUUGAUAUUGAACCAACAGCGACUCAUUUAGCAUAUUUAAACGCUUUAAAAGAAAAACUAAAGAAACCAUCGAAAAAUGAAGAUAACGAAGACAAACAAAAUUUAAGUGUAUAUCCAGCUGAAACGCCUAAGGAUAAUACAAAAAAAAUUUUAAAUGCUUCAACUAUUGAAAGUCAUAUUUACAACUCUCAAUCGUCUGAUUCGACGUUUUUAGAUUUUACAAUCACUCCAGAAGAGACUGAGGCUAAUCUUUCUUUGGAUAGGGAUGCGAAGGAGUUUUUGGAAAUUUUGGGAGAUCUUCGGGAGAAUAUAGAAAGUGAUAGCAUUCUUUCACAAGCAUUACCUGAGCGGGAAUCAGAUGAUGAAGAAAAAGAAGAUUUAAGUAUACCUUUACCUUAUAUUAAAACUCCAGUUAAAAGCGACGAACAAAAUUUGGAUCAAAGUGACGCAGAUUUGGAUGAAUGUUAUUUUGAUUUAUCCCUAAGUAUUCCACAACUGGAUGGAGCAGAUGAUUUAACCCCUACAAAAAGGGUAACAAGAAAGAAGGCUAUUGAAUGUUGUUCGAUUGGAGCAGGUGGAGGAUCUUCAAGUAAAGAAGAAUGUCAACAGCUCGACCAAAUGUCAUCAAUGUGUAACAAUAACCUGUCCCUGAAUCAAUCCGCCUCAAAAGAAAUUGCAUCCAAAUUAUAUAAAAAUAUUCUAGAUAUGUUACAAACCUCGUCGAAAAGAGAAUCAAUAUCAACAAUUUCCAAAUUAAAAACCAAUUUGUUACAUUUACUAUCUAAAGUAGAAGAAAAUCAAUUACAAAAUAAAGAUGUUCUUGAAGCAUUAACAAAUUCCACCGAGACAAUUGAAAACGAAAGUGUUAAUCGUGAUAUGAAACUACGAAAUGGAAGAGCUAUCAAUUUUAAUGAAUUAAAUGUUCGGAAGAGAAGCUCAACAAAAUCUAGGCAGAAAAAUCAAGAGCCAUCGUCAUCUUCUUCAGUUGAGGCAACACAAUUUAAAUGUAGUGAUAAAAAUGGUAUAAAAGGUUUAAAUGAACUUGAUUUAAGUACUGAAUCUCUGAAUAAACGCGUUUUAGAACUAAGUGAUUUACAUAACGAUUUAUUAAAUUUAGUAUCGCAGGCAGAAAUGAACCAGAUCAGUAAAAAUACAGAUUUAGAUGAACUUAAUUUAAGCAUUGAAUCUCAAAAUAAAGAAAGUGAUUUGGUUAAAAAGUUAAGAAGUGAUGAGUUACCUCAAUUAAAAGUGCAAUUAAACGAUUUUUCUCGAAACUAUAAGCAACCAUUACCUCAAAGAUUUACUUUAGUAUGUAAAGACUUAAAUGCCACGAAAAUAGAAGAAAUGAAUUUGAAAAAUUUAUCUGAUACAAACAUUUCUGAAGAAAUUUCUGAUUUUUCAAUUAUUAAUGGAGAAGAAUCUAAUGUUGGGAUUAUUAAGAAAAGAGGAAAAGGAAGACCAGCGAAGAAAAAUAAAAAGUCAUUGGCUUUCAAAUAUAAGUUAAAAUCGAUAAAUGAAACAUGUACUUCUAAUUCUAGUUUUGAUCCCGAUCAGAAUGAGAAAAGAAAUAAUUCUGUAAAUGAAUCGGAUUUGUUUCUUUCUUCUGCAACGGAAUCAACAGUUACCGGGGAUCAUUCAGAAAUUAAUUCUUUAAAUUUAUCUGAUUUGCCUUGUAUUAAUAGUAAGAAAAGAGGAAGAAGACCAACGAAGAAGAAAUCAAAUCUUGCACAUCAAAGAUGCGUAACUUCAACACCAAGUUUAAAAUCACUUGAAAUGUUAGAUUUAUCAGGAUGUGAUGAUGGUGAGGAAAUGAAGAGAAACUCAAGGAAUAUACAACCUACAUUAAAUUAUUGUGUGGAUGAAAUAAUCAAUCUUGACGAAGAUCCAUCAUUAUCUGAAAUUAAGGAUCAAGAUGUGGGGAUACCACGGAGUGAAAAAGAAAUGCAAAUAAAUUUAACUUUUUCUGAUACAAACAUUAAAACGGUUGAUAUUAAUGAGAAUACACCAAGAAGAUGUGAAUCCGAAAUAGAGAUAUCAUCCAAUAAUAGUUGUGAGAUACUUUUGAAUGAAUCAAAAGAAAAUUCGUUGCAAAUUAUGUUUGAACCGAAAGGAGAUGAGAAAAAAGUAACAGAUAUUAGUAAAAAUCCCAUUUUAUCGAUUGAGGGGAAUCCAGGAAUGUCAACAAAUAUCAAUAAACCAGUGAGAAAGCGAAGAGUUAUUAAAAAACGAAAAGGAACGAAGCAAGCAAAUAAAAAAUUCUUAACAAAAUCAAAUGAAAACUGUAUUUCUAUGACUGAUUUACAACGUAAUAUAGACAAUGAUGAACGAGUAAUUAAUGAUGAUGAAAAUUUUGAAAGUCUUCGUAAAUCUAAAAGAAUUAGAAGAGGAAAUAGUGAAUCAACAAUAAGUCCACGCUACAUUACAAGAAGUAGGACAUCAGGAUUAACUUCAAAUACCUCAAAUCGUAUAAAUAAUGCGAGUUUAAAUGAAAGUCAAAACGUUACCGAUGAAAAAAUCGUUUCAAAAGAUUUUUGUAUUGAAAAUGAUGACCUUGACAUAGUUGUUAAUGAUUUAAAUAUUAGCAUCACCGAUACUGAAAUAUUACAAAAUACCAAUUUAAUUGAAAUAAAAGUAAAGUCUCCUAAAUUAUCGGAAAUAAAUGAAAUUCCGAUUUUAGAAUUAAGUUCGAGCGAUGACAAUGUGAUUGCGAUUAAUCAAGCGGAAACAGUUCCAAGCGAUAACAGUGUUCGAAAAAGCGUUGGUUUAAGUAUGCCUUCGUUAAACUUAAAUUCGUCAAUAAUAGAACAUAAAGAAGAAAAAAAAUGUAAUACUUCAAAAUCAAGCUGUGUUAAAAGUAAAAUUAAUGAACCUACAAAUAACGUUGUAAAAGAAAUUGACAUAUUUCGAGAUGAAGACCGCUAUUUAAGAAAUUAUGAUAAACAGAAAACUAUAGUUAGAAAUAGAAAGAGAAGUCUUCGAUUAAAAGGGGACAAGAAAACCGAAAUUUUAAGCACAACAGAUACAUUAACUAGUGAGAAGAAACCGUUAAAAAGAAAAUUAACCGAUGAAAGUGAGCAAAAGAUUAAAAACCACUCGGUUACUAAAAAAACAAUUCCCAUUACAGUACAUGUUCCAUUAUUAGAAGACUCUUUCUGUAAAUCACCAACGGUUUCUAAUAAAAUCAAUAAUCCUUGUUUUACUUAUUCAACAGGAUUAUAUCCAAGUCAAAAAUUUAAAGUUGUUGAAUCUAAUAAUCGUCCGUAUUCUUAUUUACCAAAGACUAAUGUUGCAACUUUACAACAUAAAGAGAACAAUUUUCCAAAUACAAAUUGGAAUGAUUUAAAUCCGAAUAAUCCACCGAAAAAACAAAUAAUAAUGCAUUCUUGUACGGUGUUGGAUGAAAAUCAAAGAAUCGAUAUCAACACUUUACCUUUAAAGAAAACAUAUAAUAUGCGUCAAUCCUCCGUGUUUCCGCGAAAUAAUCAAUCGACGCACUCCGGAAAUUAUUCAAUGAGUGAUUUUUCGGAUUUUCAACGAUUAGUUUUAGAAGAAUUUGAAAAUUGUUAUGAAGAAAAUAAAUCGAUUAAUGAAAAUGAUAUUACUUUUGAAAAAAAUGUUGAAAAAGUUCAUAUACUACAAAAUCAAGUUGAAAUCAAACGUGGUGAUAAUGAUGACUUAAAUGAACGUGAAAAAGUUAUUAAUGAAGAAAACAUUUUUAUUAAUGAAAAUAAAAAUGGGGAGAGUUUAAAAUUUCCUGGUAAUACAAAAGUGAAAAGUGAAGCUUUAAAUAAAUUGGAAGGAACGAUUGAUGAGUUGAUUGAAAUUAUUAAAAUGGCGACUAAUAAUACGAAAAACAUCUUGGAAAAUAAUCAGAUAUCAGUUAAAGAAGAAAAUGUGGGAGAAAAAUUUACUAAAAACACAAGAGUUGCAGAUAAUGUCGAAGCUUCCGCUGUAAUUAAUCAUCAGAUGAGGAAACACAUUAAUAGAGAUUCAAAAAGAACUAAUAUUAUCAAUGGGAACAAUGAAAUUUGUUGUGAAACGAUGAAAGUUGAAGAAAAAUGUAAUAAUCAAAUCAAAAAUUUAGGAGAAGAAAAUAAACCAAGGAAAGAAAUUAAAAAAAUAGAACUUACACAGAAUACUUCCACUGUGAUUAAUCAUCAGAUGUGGGAAUGCACCGGUACUAAAAAUUCAUAUAAAUUGUUGCAAGCUCAAGGAAAAUGCAAUAAUCAAAUCAAAAAUAUAGGGGAAGGAAAAAUGUCGAACAAAGAAAUUAAAAGAAUAGAAUCUCCGCGAAAAAUACAGCAUACAAAUGAAAAUAAUCUCACUAUGAAUUACCAACAAUUGUGGCAACGCAUUAAUAAAGAUUCAAAGAAAACUGACUUAACCAAAAACGAUAAUAAAAGUUCAUAUAAAAUGUUAAAACCUCAAGAGAAAUGUAAUAAUCAAUUCAAAAAUGUAGGGGAAGAAACAUUGAAGAAAGAAGUUAAAAAAUUAGAAUCGCCGCAGAAUAAACUUCUUAUUAAUAAGAAUAAUGGUUUAAAUAAAAAUUCUUCAACAAAAAAAGUUUAUAAAAGGCAAUUUAAACCUUUAGAAAUACCCGGUAAUAUAGAUAUUACCAAAUUCAUUAAAAAAGAAGCGAAGAUAUCUUCACGGAAACCGAAAGAUACAUCUUUAACUGAAAUUAAAUUGUUUGGGUUUGCUACAAGAACAGAUAUUGACGAUCGUUUAAAUUACCCAAGAUUUAAAAUGUUUAAUUAUGGGCGAGGAAAUAUUAAACCAAACGCUUCAAGUGAUAAAAAACCAGAUUUGCUUAAAUACCCAAUAAAUCAAUAUGCUCAUUUUGAUGGAACAAACGAUUCUUCUUCAUCUGAUGAAGACGUUAUCACAACCGUUAGAAAAGUUACAAAACCUGUUGCAAGCCAAUCUACCUCAAAAUACGUCCCAUUGAAAGUUAAAUAUACCUCACCUACAAAAUCCGUGGGUAAACCAGCACUGUCAAGAAUUCAAUCGCAGGAUAAAAUAAGCAACGUUAAAGCACUCACACAAUCAACACUAAACACCGCCGCGUCUAAACAAAGUUUAUACAAACACCGACGAAAAUUAUCAUUCACUCAAGUUUCUGAAAACAAUUUGAACACAACACACAUCGAAGAACAUUUAUCGUGUCGUUUUAAAGCUCAACGUUCGAAAGUUGCCAAUGAAAAAGUUUAUAUUGAUUGUGAUUCAACCACUUCGUCUUCUAGUAAUAGUAUUGGAAGUGACAAAGAAGUGUUACCCAUUCAAUUAUGUCAAACUACUUUAGAUCAAGAUGAAUCCCUCGAAAAUGAUGUAAACGAAAUAAUUGAGAAAAGUGAUGGAAGAGCUGGAGGAAAUCGAUCGGAUCAAGAAGAUGUUAGUUCAGAUGAUACUCUUACACCCAAGAAAAAUAAUUCGAAUUUAAAUGAUUCCUCACUUUCCGAUGAUUUAUUUUCGCCUGCAAGUGAUGAAAUUACAAUUUGUCAUAAAAUAGAUCCAGCUAAACAAUACGAUGUUGAAAAUAGAUUUAUACCUUUAGCUGGAUCAUCAAAAAUGGAUCCGCAAUUUAAAAAAUUAUCACAACAUAGCAAUCAUAGUUCCAGUAGCGAUGUUAUAACCCCAUAUCAAAGAGAACAAAAUAUUAUUAUAGAAAACGUUAUUGAAAGCGUUGUUGCUAACAAUUUUUCAGAAAAUUCGGAAACAUCUCAAGAAGAUGUUGAUAAAACGAAAAAUGAAACAAUUUCAUCUUUACACAUGAACACUGACUCAGUAAACGAAAUUAUUUCCGGAAAAUUUGAGAAAUUAAAUACAUCAAUUUUGAGUGUUUACAAACCUACCUCACAAAAUUUGAACAAAAAGAACGAAAAAAGUUUAAUAAUCACACCAAAAUUUAAUCCACCUUCAAGAGAAAUGAUUGAAAAAUCAUUAGAAACUUAUAAUAUUCCAGAAAUUACACAUCAAGAACCAUUUUAUAGCGACCGAAAUGACGUUACCGGAAACGUAGAGGUUGGCAGAAAAGUUUUAAAAAUUCCGAGUAAUAAUGUGGUUGAUUUACCGAGUUUCAAAACAAAUUUUGAAGGGAUUGAGAGCCAAAAAAAGAAAACCUUACAAGUUCUUCAAGUUGAUAAUAAGAAGUUGAGUACAAAAGAGAUUUUAGAAUAUAAAUUAUCAACAUGCAAAAAUUGCAAUGUUGUAAUAACACCCGGAAAACUACCUCCUACUAGAAAAGAAGUUGAGAAGUGGUUAAAGGAAAAAACGAUUAAAAAAGAGGUCGAUGAGGAAAAAGGAAAAGAAAAGAAAAGAAUGUUUUUGGUUAAUAGCCCAGGUAGGGAUGGAGAGGAAAGUUGCGAUUCUUUAAGUUUAUCUCCGUGCACUCCAAUUGAUGCUAAUUCAACAAUUUUUAAAUUAGAUUUAAAUAGCGAUCAAAAUAAAUUUAAUGAUGAGUCGAAAAAGAGCAAUAAUGAAAUUAACGACCAAUUAAAAAACACUCAAACUCUACCAAAUUCAACAAUCUUAAAAAGUAACGAUACCGUAAUAAAAAAUUUAUCCUCAAGUACACAUUCAAAUUCACACGAAAUUACCGGAACAACCCAAAACAAUUUUUUAGUAGCCUCUCAUAACUUAAACGAAGCAAAAGCUGUAAAAGAAAACCUUUAUUUAACAAUUCUUUCAAUCGAAGUCGUUGUUAUUACAAGAAAUGAAUACAAACCCAACCCCGAAUUAGAUCAAAUCAAAGCGAUUAUAUUUACAAUGUACGAUAACGAAAACAUUUCUAAAGGUGGUUUUAUAAUAAAUUCUUUACCAACAAGUCCGACGAAAAUGAAAUUGUCAAUUUUAAAAGGAAUCGAUUCGAAAUAUAAUUUAAAACCGGUCAAUACAGAAUUGGAAUUAAUAAAUGAAUUUGUGGAAUUUGUAAAAGAAAAAGAUCCGGAUGUUUUUGUUGGGUUUGAAAUUGAAAUGCUUUCUUGGGGUUAUUUAAUCGAUAGAGGAUACGUUUUAGGAUUAAAUCUAACCAUUUCGUUAUCAAGAACGCCGGAUAUCGCUCGAAGAAAAAGAGGAGAUGACGAAGAAUUAACGAUAACUGGAAGGAUCUUAAUCGAUUUUUGGAGACUUCUACGCCAUGAAAUCGCCCUAACAAGUUAUUCAUUUGAAAAUAUUGUUUAUCAUAUUCUACAUCGCAGAAUCCCAUUGUAUUCACAUAAAGAUUUAACGAAUUGGUUACAACAUCCAACAUCCGUUUAUCGUAACAGAGUAAUUGAGUAUUAUUCGUAUAAAACACGCGCCGUUUUACAAAUAAUGGAUCAACUCGAUUUAAUUGGGCGAACGAGUGAAUUAGCGAAACUUUUCGGGAUUCAAUUCUACGAAGUUUUAUCAAGAGGAUCGCAAUUUCGAGUUGAAUCGAUGAUGUUACGUUUAGCAAAACCGCUAAAUUUCAUUCCAGUCUCACCAAAUCAACAACAACGGGCUAAAAUGCGCGCCCCGGAAUCUUUACCUUUAAUCAUGGAACCGGAAUCAAAAUUUUACACAGAUCCCGUUAUCGUUUUAGAUUUUCAAAGUUUAUAUCCAUCGAUGAUUAUCGCCUAUAAUUAUUGUUUUUCGACAUGUUUGGGUAGAAUCGAACAUUUAGGAAAAUCGUCCCCCUUUGAGUUUGGAGCAAAUCAAUUAAAGGUGUCAAGAAAAUAUUUAAAAUAUUUUUUAAAUAAAGAAAAAUUAAAUAUUUCCCCGUGCGGAAUCGCUUAUGUAAAUAAAUCGAUUAGAUUGGGUAUAUUACCAAGGAUGUUGCAAGAAAUCUUAGACACACGAUUAAUGAUCAAAAAAUCUUUAAAACAAAACGCCGAAAAUAAAGUUUUAUCGAAAGUCUUAGAUGCACGCCAAUUGGGUUUAAAACUAAUCGCAAACGUCACUUAUGGUUACACAGCAGCUAAUUUUAGUGGGAGAAUGCCCUGCAUUGAAUUAGGCGAUAGCGUAGUAAGUAAAGGACGAGAAACUUUACAACGAGCCAUUCAACUAGUUGAAAAAACAUCAAAAUGGGGCGCAAAAGUCGUUUAUGGCGAUACAGACUCACUUUUCGUACUCGUUCCGGGCAAAUCUAAAGAAUGCGCGUUUAAAAUCGGCGCGGAAAUCGCCGAAGCUGUUACCAAUUCCAAUCCAAGCCCAGUUAAACUCAAAUUAGAGAAAAUUUUUCAACCUUGCAUCUUACAAACGAAAAAACGUUACGUUGGGUAUAUGUACGAAUCGGUUGAUCAAAAAGAACCGGAAUUUUUAGCUAAAGGAAUCGAAACUGUCCGUCGCGAUGGUUGUCCAGCUUCGGCGAAAAUGCUCGAGAAAUGUUUGAAGCUUUUAUUUGAUACUCGGGAUGUUAGUUUAAUUAAGAAGUACGUUUUAAGGCAGUUUGCUAAACUGUUAAGUGGAAGAGUUAGUAUUCAAGAUCUUACGUUCGCUAAAGAGUAUCGUGGUGCUUCUUAUUAUCGACCUGGUGCUUGUGUUCCAGCUUUGGAAUUAGCUAAAAAAUGGACAUCUAUAGAUAAAAGAAAUGAACCGCGUAAAGGUGAAAGAGUACCAUAUGUAAUAAUAAACGGUCCACCAGGACAACCACUAAUAAAAUUAGUAAAAAGUCCAAGGGAUCUACUAAACGAUUCAUCAAUUCGAAUAAACGCUUUAUAUUAUAUAACAAAAGCAAUAAUUCCCCCAUUAAACCGAUGUUUCUUACUAAUUGGAGCCGAUUUGAAUCAGUGGUUUAACGAAAUGCCAAGAAAACAACACCAAUACCUCCCAACCUCCACAUCUCCAGGUAAAAAUAAGCCAAAAAAGAAUACAAUAACACAGUUUUUUUCGACUUUGGAUUGUGCCAUAUGUGGGGCUUUAACUCAAGAUGGUUUGUGUGAAAAGUGUAAAUGUAAUCCGCAACAAAGUGGAUUGUUGCUUCAUGAAAAGGUUCGGUUGUGGGAACAACAUUUUUUUAAUACUCUACAGAUUUGUCAAUCAUGUUGUGGCAGGCAAGACGAGAUUUGUUGUGUAUCAUUAGACUGUCCCGUAUAUUACAGACGAAUUCAAACUAAUCGUGACUUGCAACAAUCAGGUUUUAUCAGGCAAAUGUUAUUAAUGUUACCAAAUUUAGAAUUUUAAGUUUGUUAUUAAAACAAAUCAGUUUGAAAUUCUUGUUACGCCUAAAUCAAGAAUGUGAUACUAUGCAUCCUGCAUAAAGUUUAAUAAAUAAGACUAAUAAGUCCAAUAUAAAGUUUAUUUAACAUUGUUGUUUUACAUCAUAAAAACUAUUCAGUAUUAAUUAUUAAGUUUACUUUUGGUAUUAAUUCCCAGUUUUAUUUCAUU